GAGCACCGCACAGUCUCAGCGCAUUACCUUCUCAAACUCUCGCAGGAGCCGCACGCAGCCCAGCAGUGGGACUACAGCCAGAGGAGACAGUGGACUUAUUGCAGAGCGCCUUUCUCCUGCGUCGCUGUUGCUGUGCGUUUCUUCAUGAACUGAGUGUUGCCUCGCACUCCGGUUAGCAAUCAUUCAGUGGCUGCAAAGACACAUCAUGAGCUCUACUUGUGAGUGCUUCUGCAGGAUGUUCCGGCUUCUGGUGACGGUGGCACUCCUGUCAGGGUGCAGGGCGUCAGAGUACGAGUACUUGGCCUGGAAUACGCCCGUCUACGGCAAGUCGCCCCAGUGCGUGGACAUUCCGGACGACCUGCGGCUCUGUCACAACGUGGGCUACAACCGGAUGAUGCUGCCCAACCUGCUGGAGCACGAGACCAUGGCCGAGGUGAAGCAGCAGGCCAGCAGCUGGGUGCCUCUGGUGCACAAGAACUGCCACCCGGACACGCAGGUCUUCCUGUGCUCGCUCUUUGCUCCCGUGUGCCUGGAGCGGCCGAUCUACCCGUGCCGCUGGAUGUGCGAGGCCGUGAGGGACGGCUGCGCCCCCAUCAUGGAGGCCUUCGGCUUCCCCUGGCCGGAGAUGCUCACCUGUGACAAGUUUCCCGAAGGUGAAGUGUGCAUUGCCAUGACGACACCCAACGCCACGGAGGUUACAAAACCCACAGGUUUCUCUCCCAUCUGCCCUCCAUGUGACAACGAAAUGAAAACAGACACCAUUCUUGAGCACAUGUGUGCCAGCGAGUUUGCUUUCAAGGCCAAGAUCAAGGAGGUAAAGCGAGAAAACACAGACCGUAAGGUGAUCCUGCAGAAGAAGAAGAAGAUGUUGAAACCGGGAAACCUGAAGAAGAAGGACACAAAGAAGUUAGUGUUGUACUUGAAGAAUGGUGCUGACUGCCCCUGCCAGCAGCUGGACAACUUGGGAAACCAGUAUCUAAUCAUGGGCCGCAAGGUUGAUAAGCAGUACCUCCUCACAGGCAUCCACAAGUGGAACAAGUCCAGCAGAGAGUUCAAAAAUGCCAUCAAGAAAAUGAAGACCUACAAAUGUCCCGUAUUUGAGAAUGUUUUCAAAUAAUGUGACCUACCCCUUCAUCACUGGUCGCAUCUCAUCAUACAUAUGAACUUGCACAAGCAUUCCCAAACUUUCUGUUGUUCUCUUAAUAUAUCUUUAUGUCUUUGUACAUUUGCAGAUAGCCGAUACUGUGGAAUGUCUGUCGUGUUAUGUUGAAGAUGUGACGACACACAAAUCGAAGGGUUGGGUUUUCUUUUUUUCCCCGCUUCAACUUAAAAGGACAUUGUAGUAAAAGCCCUACCUUGCUGAAAUCAUUUCCAGUAUAUAGAUACUUCAUUCACAUGCUUUCUCAAAAGGUCUGUGGAUUUGUUGUGCAUUUUGGGAAAAUAUACAUACUUCUUUUUUUUGCUAGCAAUUAGAGGAGAAGUCUAACACAACUGUCCAAGAACGUGUUUUUGUGUGUGUAAAUUUGAAGCUAAAGCCAGUAAACUGUUAGCUUACCCUUUUUUUUCUAAAAAAGGAAGAAGAAAAAGUGUUAGCUCAGCAAGAAGGAAACUGCUAGCUUGUCUCUGUCUAAAGCUUUUAAUAAAAGAAAGCAUAAACUGUCAUUUUACAUGAGUUUUCUGUGUAUUACAAGUAAAAUGUAUUAUUUUAAACAGGGGUAGAGUCAAGCUAGCUGUUCCCUUUUACUUUAAGGCUUUGUAUUAAUGUAGGCUAACAAUCUGCUGGCUAACUAUUAUAAAUACAUCCAACAGCCUUUUAUAAAAUGGCUCUUUCUGAUCAUAAAGAAACUCUUAAAAUCAGUGUAUUUUAAACUUUAAAAGCCAAUAAAGGUUUGUUGUAGAAUAACUUAUUGACAGAAGUCUGAAUAUGCUGCCAUGAUUAUUCUGUCUAACUGAAGACUGCACUAUCAGCAGUUAUGAACAUUUCUCUGAAGCUCAUUCAUUUCAUCAUUAAACAUUGUUGUUUGAAAUCCAUAAGAGAAGCAUUAACACCAAUCACAGAGUAAUUUGUAAGCCUGGGUGGCAGAUUACUUGAUUUUGCCCUUUUUAAAUAUUUCUUUUUAUGUUGGUAUACGUUUAGUCUGCAGUAUUCAUUAUUCUUUGGUCAUGGAAUACGCCUUGUAGUCGUACAGUUUUGCAAAACUUAUCAAAGAGCAAGUAUUGGCAAUUCUGUUUUUCUCGUUUGUUCUGCUCAUGUUUCAUUUUCAGCGCUCUAUUAUUGCAAAUUUGAAUGUCAGCAGUACAUUGUUGCCUAUUACAUGUACAUACAAAUUUUACAUAAAUGUAUAAAAAACAAAAAAAA